GGCCUCGGGGUUCAGAGGACCUUCUCAGCCCAGACUCUGGCUUCUCAGGGCAUUACUGACGCGACCACGCCAGAAAUUCCCGGGAAUUUACUCUUUCUCCGACUCCCCUGGCUUUUAGUCUUUGAUCACCUGACUUAUGUGACCAAUGAGAAGCGGCAAGAUCAAUACUUCCGCUUUUAUACCCGUAGCAAUCCACUAUGCUCGCCCUCGAAUUACUCUUAUUGGACCUCCUCUCUCAACUCGCCAGUUUAUUGGCCAGCGCUAUCGGGCCGCAAUCUAGGGUCGAAGGAUAGUGUCUGUCAGACAGCCGGGCAGCCAUGGCGUCUUAUUUCGAUGAACACGACUGUGAGCUGUCAGACCAUGAACAGGAGACCGGAUUCAAUAUGCUGUUGCAGCUCGCAAGAUCACUUUCCAAUAUGAUGGAUUUUGAAGACCUAGGAUUGGUAGUAGAUUGGGAUCACCAACUGCCUCCACCUGCUGCCAAAGCUGUGGUUGAAAACCUCCCCAGGACAGUUAUCAGCAGCUCUCAGGCUGGUGAGGACACUAAUUCCUUCUGCUAUUUGAGCUGCAUUCUGCCCUGGCUAAGCAAGACUAAUUCCUGUCCCCUGUGCCGCCAUGAGCUGCCUACUGAUGACGACGGUUACGAGGAGCACAGACGAGAUCAGGCUCGAAAGGAGCAGCAGCAGCAUCGACUGGAGAACCUCCACGGGGCCAUGUACAUGUGAGGAAGCAAAAGCCGAGCAUUCCUCCCCUCGCAUCUCUCUUGCACCUUAAUUCCUUAUUAAAGGUUUCUUUACCCACCCCG